GUGUCGUGUCAUACAAAAAGUCUCAUAUAUUAUGCAUUGGACUUGCACAUUGCGUCAACGUGGUUUUAAUACUUUUAAUUUAAUGUGCUCCAAUCAAUUUUUUGCUACUGGAACAAGCAGACAAUACCCCAACCCACCACAUAUAACUACUAAAAGCGACAAGUCAAGUCCACAAAACUUGGGAAUCCCAAUCAAAUCAUAUCAAUUGAUAGCUUUGAUUCAUCACCAGGUUUGAACUGCAUUCAAAAUUGCUCUCUUCCGGAAACUCUUUAGAGGCGUUAGCUACAACAACUACAUGUCCAUCUCAAUGGGUUCCACUUCGGGGGACAUCCCACUAAUCCUGAGAUUGGUCCACGAUUCUACAGGAAUCGUCAAUGUUGCUGGGAACAUUGUGAGGAAAGUUUUACAAAGUGGAAAAUUGGAUAUUGUGGAUAAGGGGACUGAUGAUUUACAAACGAAAGCCGAUCGAGCUGCCCAAGUAUAUAUUACGCAAGAACUUCACAAAAAGUUCCCCCUGGCUAGCAUAAUAGGGGAGGAGGGGGACAACCUAACUGAAAAUUUAGAUGAUCUUGUUUCGCCUGUGGGAAGCCCAAUCCAAGCCAAUGAUUUACCUCUAGGAGAAAUUCUCUCAAAAAGUGUACCCACCGAUUUGAGUUCUAUACAAGAAUCAGAGGUAGUUAUAUGGAUUGACCCGUUGGACGGGACUAGUGAAUUUACCAGAGGGAUGGUAGAACAUGUAACAAUUUUGGUAGGAAUAGCAUACAAUGGUUCCCCCAUUGCUGGAGUCAUACAUCAGCCAUUUCUGAAACUUGGUGAAAAAUUUGGAAGAACUUUAUGGGGAAUUCCUCGAAUUGGUUAUGGAGGAUUUACUUUAGCAGCUCCUUCCAAAGAUAAAAAGGUUAUAACGACGACAAGGUCCCACUCCAAUGCACGGGUUGAAGCUGUAUUAGAGAGCAUGAAACCGGACGACAUUAUCCGAGUGGGUGGUGCUGGAAAUAAAGCGAUUCUACUCAUGGAAGGCAAGUGCAACGCGUACGUUUUCGCAAGCGCAGGUUGCCAAAAGUGGGACACCUGUGCGCCUGAAGCCGUAUUGGCUGCAAUUGGUGGAAAACUUACAGAUAUGGCCGGCCAGCCGUACUCGUAUUCAAAAGAUGUACAACACGCAAAUCAAGGAGGGUUAUUGGCUACAGCUCCAGGCGAAGACCACGAUUGGUACAUCAAGCAAAUUCCAAAAUAAGUAAAAAAUUAUCUACUUCUGCCGGUGCAGACAGAACGAUUCCAAUAAUAAAAUUUGAUUAAAUAAAUUUAAAGUUCACCACU